AUGGAUGAUGAAAAAUAUUUUCUAUUACAAGAUAAAUCUGGACCAACUAACCGUGGACUUUACACUUCUGAUAAACGUACUACACCAUCACAAAUCAAAUUUAAAAGAGCCCAGAAAUUUGAACCGAAAAUAUUAGUUUGGAUUGCAAUAUCUGAAAAUGGAAUUUCGAAAUCGUUUGUUUUUGCAAAACAAAAGCAAGCUGUUAAUCCAAUAACUUAUUUGGAUAACUAUAUUGUAGCACGCUUAAUGCCAUUUAUUACAAGCCAUCAAAAAAAGGAAAACGUAUUGUUUUGGCCUGAUUUAGCUUCAAGUCAUUAUGGUCACAAUGUCGUGCAGUAUUUGGAUGAAUAUAUAUGUUCUUUCAUUUGA